AUGGGACCAGUUGCUUAUCAAUUGGAGCUACCUCCGAAGUUGGAUCGGAUUCAUGACGUGUUCCACGUCUCUAUGUUGAGGCGUUAUCGCUCUGAUCCUACUCAUAUUGUUCCUAUUGAGGAGAUUGAGUUGAGGCCAGACUUGACCAUUAAGGAUGAGCCAGUUCAGAUUCUUGAUGGUGAUGUUAAGGUUCUGCGAAAGAAGUCUAUCCCUCUAGUGAAGGUUUUAUGGUGUAAUCAUAGUACUGAGGAGGCGACUUGGGAGCCUGAGGAUACGAUGCAUCAGCAGUAUCCUCAUCUAUUUUGA